GCGACGAUGCAUUUCGUGGCCUUCAAUGAUUUGGUUAAAAUUUAAUCGAAUCGAAAACGAGAAAGAAUCUUUUUAUCGGAAUACAACACAGCUCUUCUUCAAAGUUCUGCAACCUUCCCAUUUCCGUCUCGUCGUCUAUAAAUACCAUAUGUCAACCACCUUAUUAUACACUCAGAACCCAAAGCCAAAUUAAGCCACGUGAUUCACACAUACAUAUACAUACAAGAGGAGAAGAUGAUGGAGAAGAUAAUAUCGGAAAUGUUGGUGGAGAAGCCGGUGGUGAUAUUCAGCAGGAGCACGUGCUGCAUGAGCCACGCGAUCAAGUCUUUGAUAUCGGGGUUUGGGGCGAAUCCAACGGUGUACGAGCUGGACGAGCUGCCCAACGGACAAGAGAUAGAAGAGGCUCUGGUCGGGCUCGGCUGCAAGCCCACUGUUCCUGCCGUCUUCAUAGGACAGCAACUGGUCGGCGGGGCUAAUCAGGUCAUGUCCCUUCAGGUCAGGAACCAGUUGGGCUCUCUCCUCAGGAAAGCUGGUGCAAUUUGGAUCUGAAUCAUAACUAUAUAUAUGUAUACACACAUACAUACACUAGGAUCGGUGAGCAUGUUUUUAAUUUUAUGGUAAUAGUUCCUUCCUCCUCACAU